AUGGAGAAUACAGGAGAAAAUGAAGAAGAACCUUUGUCUCUGCCAUUUUGGGUUCAACAUAAUGAUUCCACCCUGUUGCCGACUCCAACAACUGUAGAACAGUCCUUUGAUUUAUACAUAGAUGCUUUACAUUACAUUCCAGACAAUGCCAGUGUUAUAAAGGUUACAGGACAAAUAGUCAAUUCUGGUAAAUCAGUCCCAGCAGUUGUUGCAUGUCCAGAGAUGAACAGUUCAGCAAGAAAUCCAGAGUUUAAAUUCUAUCAGACACUAAAUGCUGAAGGUGAAAUUCUUAAAGUUACCACUUCUAUACUAUUUCAAGUGUCCACAGUAGAUUCUGAUUCAGGAGACAUAGCUAUUAUCGGAAACAGUAUUCUUCCUGUGUUCAGUAAUGAAGGAAAGCUAAAUGUUGGUGGAUUUCAACUAAAGUUAAGGACAGGCUUGCCAUCCAAACAGUUGGACGAAAUAGUUUCAUCUGAUUUGCACCAAUAUCCUGUUUUUCCCUGCUGUUCUCUUUUGAUUAGGCUUCUUCCACAUUGCGAGCACCCGGAUCUUUUGCCAAGGUAUUCAUCGGGAUACUACUUCACAGAUGAAGCUAAGCCAACGAGGUUUGAACAGGAAAUAAUGAACACAUUUCAAAAGAAUGUCAACUUUCCAAAACUUGUGAAAGACAUGGCAGGACAUUCAAUGGAGAAAGAGCAGAGCCAAGUACCAGAAACUCAAUGGAAAGACUGGAUUGUGACAAGAAUGGGUGGUGGAAAAUCCUCUUUGCUGCAACUACCCUUCAAUUACAUCAACAUCCACCAUGCAGCUCAAUACCGACAGGAGACUGGGAUACGGUUCAGAAUUAGGCAAGCAUUUGGACUUGCAGCUGAUGGACUUUAUAUAAAUGCUUUUGCUCGAGUCUUGAAGGGACCUCUGAGUAUACAUUUGCCAGAAUUACCAGAUCACUCCGGUGGGGAUGAGAAAUUUAUAACACAGAAGCAUGAUUUCACAAGUUUGCAGACAUCACCAAAAUGGAUGGAUCCCUCAGUGGUGCUGCAUCCAUAUUUUGACCAUCAAAGUGUGCUUCUUGUUCAAAUAUUUGGAAUGCGUGCCACUUACAUCCCAAAUCCAGACCCAGCCCAAUGUGGUAAUGUGAUUUCACAAAAUGAGCAAGAUCUUCAGUUGGAACCUAUAAUUGGUUGGACUAUUUUCCCCCUUUUUGAAAGAAAUUAUGUAUGCAGUGGUAUCCAUAGUGCACCUCUCUUUGAAGGUCUACCAAAUGCUGCAUUUUUGCAAUCCUUAUCUUUACAUCCGUUGAAAACAGCUAUACAAAAAGGCUUAAAGGAAAAUAUCUUAACACUUUUUAAAAGUUAUGGAAGUGUGACAGUGGAAAUAUGGGAUGGGCAUUACCUAGAUGAGGAACAUUAUACCUUGCCGAUUGUCAAUGACCUUCUCGCAGUGGAUAACAUGAAGAAAUUUUUGAAAACCCAAACUAGCAAAAAAGGAAAAGAAAUGUCUAUGCUAGUUCUUUCAAGUUUGGACAAAAAACAGCAAAAGUUUAAAACAACCAGCCCUGAAUAUCAGCGACAUCAACAAUUCUUUGAACAGGCAAUGGCAGAGAAAUUUUAUGAUCUUAUUGAGAUUGCCCUGCUGAAUGCUGGAUAUGGUCCUUUAUAAGCCAUCUGUUCAUAUUCUGCUAUGAUACCUGGAACAUAAAGAAAUGUGAAAAGUAAAGAA